CAAGGAAAGGCCUCCGACCUCGUCCCACUGAGAGCAGCGACACUCCGGCGGUCCGGAUGGAGCCCCAGGAUUUACCGGACUUCCCCGAAGUGGACCGAGGAUUCAUCUGCGCCUCGUUUAACCAGGACACCACCCAGAAGUCGAGGCAUCACCAGUCAGGAAGUGAACGCAGUUCUCUGUCUGUUGGCACCAAGACUGGCUACCGACUCUUCUCAGUCACCGCUGUGGACAAACUGGACUGUAUCCAUGAAGGAGUUGAAUGUCCAGACGUGUACAUCGUGGAGCGGCUGUUCUCCAGCAGCCUGGUGGUGGUGGUCAGUCUGUCCAUGCCGCGGCGAAUGAACGUCUACCACUUCAAGAAGGGCACGGAGAUCUGUAACUACAGCUACUCCAACAACAUCCUCUCCGUCAGGCUCAACAGACAGCGGCUGGUGGUAUGUCUGGAGGAGUCCAUCUACAUCCACAACAUCAAAGACAUGAAACUACUCAAGACCCUGCUCAACACACCCACCAACCUGUCAGGUCUCUGCGCUCUCUCCGUCAACCACGGUAACUCAUACCUGGCGUACCCUGGCAGCGCCACCAUCGGAGAGAUCACCAUCUACGAUGCAAACAACCUGAGCACGGUGACACUGAUUCAGGCCCAUGAUAGUCCACUGGCGGCUCUCACCUUCAACACCUCUGGCACCAAACUGGCCAGCGCAUCAGAGAAGGGAACCGUGAUCAGAGUCUUCAGCAUUCCUGAAGGACAGAGGCUGUUUGAAUUCCGGCGAGGGAUGAAGAGGUAUGUUAGCAUCAGUUCAUUGUCCUUCAGUGCUGAUGCCCAGUUCCUCUGCGCGUCCAGCAACACAGAGACGGUCCAUAUCUUUAAACUGGAGCAGCACAGCCCCAGUCAAGAGGAGGAGUCUCCCACAUGGUCAGCGUAUGUGGGCAAAAUGUUCACAGCAGCCAGCACCUACUUGCCCGCCCAGGUGUCAGACAUGAUGCAUCAGGACAGAGCCUUCGCGACCGUUCGCCUCAACAUGUUCGGCCUGAAGAACAUCUGCGCCCUGGCAAUGAUUCAGAAGCUCCCUCGCCUGCUGGUGGCGUCCUCGGACGGAUUUCUCUACGUCUAUAACGUGGAUCCACAAGAUGGAGGCGAGUGUGUCCUUGUCCAAAAACACAGGUUGUUUGACUCCAGCGAGGAGCAGGUAGAAGAGAAUGAAGAGCCGACACAGGACGUCUCUCCUCAACCAGCCGGCCAAUCAUACGCAGCCACUGUGGCGCUUCCUUCAACCCCGCCCUCCUCCACCACCCUCAUGGGUUAUUCUGAAGAUGGCGGAGCCCUGAAAGGCGAGGUUAUUCCAGAGCACGAAUUCGCCGAGAGCCCCAUCUGUCUGGACGACGAGAAUGAGUUCCCUCCGGUCGGCAACCAGAGUAACUGACCAACGCCUCCACCCUGUUAACACCAAUCCCCUCCCCCCACCACCACCACCAUCCCAAUCAGACUCACAUGUUCUCGAGCAAGAGAGGAUGGACGUAGAUAUUCCUGAUGUAUUGUCCCUCACACCUGUACCCCUGCUGGCCUAGGGUAAAAACGUGAAAAGUGCCAGAGUGCAACUUCCUGUUGUUUCUGUGUUCAGCUUCAGGACAAAAAAAAACAC